AUGAGUUUAGAAUUCACUUCUGAUCUUGUUAAAGAUAUUUCUUCAUUAUUGCAUAAUGCUGAUGAUUUCAACGUUAUUAUUCAAGUUGGUGAAGGCCAAAAUACAAAAAAAUUUCAUGUUCAUUCGGUUAUUUUACGGGCACGUUCUCCAUAUUUCAAAAUUGCCUUUUCAACUAAUUGGAUUCAAAAAACUAACAACACAAUCAUGUUUAAUAAACCAAACAUCACUUCAUUCGUCUUUGACAUGAUUUUAAUGUAUAUUUACUCAGGUGAACUUAAUUUGGCAAGUUAUUCAGAUCAAAAUAUUUUUGAAUUGUUAAUUGCAUCUGAUGAAUUAUUACUUGAAGAACUAACCGCAUUUGCCCAAGAUAACUUAAUUAAACGUCGAACUACCUGGAUCAAAAAUAACAUUACUCUUCAGACUCCUGGAUUAAUUGAGAUCAGUAAUAUAUCUGAAUGGUAUCAAGGAAAUUUUGAAGAAUUGAAGAAGACGCUAAGUCAUUUCAUUCCCCUUAUUCGAUUUGCGGAAAUUUCACCUGAAGAUUUUUAUGAUAAAGUUCGUCCGUAUAAGGCAUCUAUUGCCAAUCACAUUUAUGAAGAAAUUGAGAAAUUUUAUUAUAAAAAAACUUUGCCGAAAACAGCGAAUUUAUUACCGCGAUCUAAAGAGAUUAAACCAAAAUCUUUUAUGGAAAAAAUGAUAGCGUUCAUUUUUUGUAAAGAUUCAACAAUCUAUUCCGAUCUAUCAAAAGAUCUUUCUUUAAUAUUAAGUAUAAUUAAUUUAUCCAAGCAGCCAAGUGAUAAAAUAUUUGAAUUGUUAAUCGCAUCUGAUGAAUUAUUACUUGAAGAAUUAUUCAAACAGGUCCUAGAUUACUUGUUUGAAAAUCAUGUUAGAUGGAUUCAAAAAAAUUUUGUAUUUGUUCUAAAUGGCGUGAUUCGACUUGCUAGAUUCAAGAAAUUACAGGAUUAUUGCUUCGAAUCAAUCUGUUCAAAUCCAUUACCAUUUAUGACUUCCAAAAACUUUACAUCACUUGACAAAAGCAUCCUUUUUGGCUUGCUUGAAAGUGAAGAUUUGGCGCUUGAAGAAAUUGAUGCCUGGAAUUUUUUAAUCAAAUGGAGCAUUGAACAGACUCCUGAAUUAAGUGGUAAUAUAAAUGAAUGGAAUCAGGGAAAUUUUGAAGAAUUGAAGAAGACGCUAAGCAAAUUCAUUCCCCUUAUUCGAUUUGUGAAAAUUUCAUCAGAUGAUUUUUAUGAUGAAGUUCGUCCUUAUAAGGCAGCUUUUCCCAAUCACAUUUAUGAAGAAAUCGAGAAAUUUUAUUAUAAGAGAACUCUACCGAAAUCAAUUGUAUUAUCAUCUCGAGUAGGAAAUAUAAUAUCAGAAAUAAUCAAUCCCAACCUUAAAUCUUUAAUAGCUAAUUGGAUUGAUAAAACGUCAAAAGUUCUUUUAUAUAAUAAUAAUUAUAAGUUUGAUCUAAUGUACCUAAAGAGUCGGGAUGGUAUUAAUCGUGCGGUAUGUAAUUGUAAUGGGCCAUUUGUAUUGUUGAUAAAAGAUCAAUCACAAAAAAUUUUUGGAGGAUACAAUCCAACCGGUUAUAAUUCCGCAACAAGCUUGCCCGAAAAAGAAAGUUUUAUAUUUUCUUUCGAAAAUGGCCAACGAACAUAUAAUAUGAAAAUUGGCAAUUAUAUUAGGUCAAAAAAAGCAGAUAAGAUUCCCCUUUUCUUCAAUUUUGGAAAUCAUCUAUGUAUUAAUGUUAAAGCUAAAAAACUUCUUUUUAAAGAUAAUGGAAAUUAUGAGUAUAUAUUUGAUGAUAUAAAGGAUAAUUUACGUAUCAAAGAAAUUGGAAUUUUUAAAUUGAAGAAGACAUUAUGUAAAUUCAUUCCACUUAUUCGAUUUGAAGAAAUUUCUCUUGAUGAAUUUUUUGAAGAAAUUGAUAUUUGGGAUUGUUUAAUCAAAUGGGGUAUAGAGAAUAGUCCUGGAUUAGGAAGCAAAGAAUUUGAAGCAUUGGAGAAAACAAUAUCUCAAUUCAUUUACCUUAAUGGUGUGGAAAUUUCACCCGAAGAUUUUUUUGAUAAAGUUUGUCCUUAUAAAGUUGCUAUUCCCAAUCAUAUUUAUGAAGAAGUUGAGGAAUUUCAUUAUUAG